AUGGAGUCAAAGCUACAAUUGACUAAGGAUGAAGAAGGUGAACUCGUGGACCCUACCUCAUAUCGAAGCAUCAUAGGAGGGCUAAGAUAUCUUACUCACACACGACCCGACAUAGCUUAUUCUGUAGGCAUUGUGAGUCGUUUCAUGGAGAGACCAACCAAGCAACAUCAAGUAGCUGUGAAGCACAUACUAAGGUAUGUAAAAGGAACUGUGGACUAUGGUUUAUCAUAUACAAAAGGUAGAAAGAAUUGUGUGAUUGGAUGCACUGAUAGUGAUCUAGCAAGAGAUGUUGAAGAUAGAAAAAGUACAAGUGGAAUGGCGUUUUACUUAGACAACAAUCUUGUUACUUGGAGUUCACAAAAGCAAAAGUGUGUUGCAUUGUCAUCAUGUGAUGCAGAAUUUAUGGCAGCUAAUAAUGCAACAUGUCAAGGCAUUUGGAUAAGUAGGUUGCUUGGUGUGUUGACCGGAAGAAAACUUGGUCCAUUUGAAUUGAAUGUAGAUAACAAGUCAGCUUUGGAUUUGAUGAAAAAUCCAGUCUUUCAUGGAAGAAGUAAACAUAUUGAUACAAGAUAUCACUUCAUUCGUGAUCAUAUAGAAAGAGGCAAUGUUAUAGUAAAGCAUGUGAAUACUAAUGAGCAGAAAGCUGACAUCUUGACCAAGCCUAUGAACAAAGUGAAGUUUUAA